GAAAUACCGGCCUCGAAGAUGCGCGCACAUGACCUUCGGUGGAUAGAAUGCGGCUUCGUCAUCACUACCAGGCCCAGCACUUUCGUCCGUCGCUAUCAUGUUAAUGAUUUUGUUCCAUUUCCUUGGGGGAUUUUGCUUGCUCGGCGUUUCAUAUCUUAGAUGGCCAUUUUGUCUCUCUGUCUCUCUCUUGCGGCGAUGUCUUUUUUUCUCCGGUGCUACUGCAAACUCCUUUCGAUACCAAGUCUCUGUUUCUCCUGCGAGGUUUCUCUGGGGGACAUUCGGCAUAAACAAUCGGCCUUUUCUUUUUCGACUCCAGGGAUGGAUGGUAUUUACGUACGAGGCCGGAUACGGCGCUUUUGGACCCGGGACUCUUGUAGAUGGUUACAGGGGCUUCUCUCUCUCUGUCUCUCUUUUCUUCUCCUUUGCCGCUUCGUCCGGUGCACCGCAGGUUCUCUGGGUUGUUUCCACCAUUCCUGGAUAUUCUUGCCAUUUACGGGAUGCAUUUCCGGCUUGAUUUUGGAUGACGCCCGUCUCCACGCCGAUAUCUGUAUCUCGGAGAGAGACGAAGCAGGUUCACCCAUCGGGAUUCUUGAUAUGGAAUUAUAUUCACGGAAGAUCGUGGUGGCGAGCUCAUUUGGACGUACUGGCCUCUCCCUACCCAGGCUUGGGAGAAAGAGGACUCGGCGGCGAACAGGGAGAAGGGUGUGUCUAUCCGGACUGAUCUAUUGGGACAUCUAUUCGGACUACUUUUUGCGCGAUUUGUUACGAAUUAUGUGGUGGAGGACAGAUGUAGACGAUGGGAUACCCCAGUUUGACUUUGAGGCGAGGACGGGUGGAUAGUGGGAUCCGGACGGACAGGCUUGGGCUACCUGCCUGUUGGAUGAGGGCGUGCAGCAAGCCUGGCCC